ACGUGUAGUUGCAUCAUUGGACAGCUCCUGAACGGACGUGUAUAAAGGAUUGGACGUGUAGUUUGGUUGAUAUGUGCCGCUCCAAUAUGGAAACGUUAACCUGCAUCUUAAGCUUGCUGUGUCUUGCGUGCUGGUCCCUUCCUCGUGGUGUUGAAGGCACGAAGUGCACAGGCGGAUUCCACAAGCAUGGAGAUUCUUGUUAUUGGUUCUCGAACAUAAAAGGAACAUUUGCAGAAGCGAGGUCAAUCUGUCGCUUCCUGGGCAGUGAUCUGGUCGCCAUCACCAGUCACACCGAGGAUGCCUUUGUCAGAGGGUAUGCGACCCAGCGGGGAAAAGCUGAUAGAUACUACCUGGGGGGCACCGACCUUGGUCUGGAGGGACACUGGAUAUGGACGGGGAACAAGCCCUUCACUUACACCAACUGGGCACCAGGGCAACCAACUAACCGCGGAAAUAAUGAACACUGUCUCGAAGCUCACAAAGUUUUCGGAUACAGGUGGAAUGAUAUUCAUUGUGACAUGAAAGCAAAUUUCAUUUGUCAGAUGUCGCCACUGAGAGGAUAAAUAAAACUGGCUGUUGCAGACUGUC